CCCCUCCUCGGACACUGCAUCCUCCUGCCCAGAUUUCCUGCGCCUUAUUAUUGUAACAAAAGCAGAGCGACCCAACUCUAUGGCCCCAGUGGCUUUCAGUUUCUAUGCCUAGGAACUGUUACAUGAGACGUUUACUUUCAUUUUCAUGUUUCUGGAAGUUCCUACUCUGCACUGUUGGUAUGACUCCCUCUCCGCUGUUGGCCAGACUCCUGUGAGGGCAGGGCAGCAGCUAGGGAUAAACUUCAGAGCUCUUCAAACACAGCCUGGCCUCUUCUGCAGGAGUCACACAAGCGCAGCUCACCUGGAUUCCCAAGUCAAGUCAGAUCUGUACAGGUCUGUGUGCUCUUGCUGUGUCUGACGCCGUGGGAGCUCUUCACUGGAUCUGUUCUCAGCUCUUCUUGCGGGAAGGUUAGGAGGUCAACUCUGCUACCAGAAAUCUCUUUUUCUCAAGGGAGCUGGUGAGUAAGAAGUGUCCUUCCGCUGCCAUGGGUCAGACUUCUUCCACAUCUGAUGUAAAUGCCCAGAAUAUGGCCUCCAGCUUUAAUGCAUUUUUCAAAACUUUCAAGAUAGAAAGCAAAGUCAUUUCUGAGGAGACCAUCAGCUCAGUGCAGAGGUUUAUGGAGCAAGGGGACAUACAGAAGACCAUUUCUACAAUCAAUGCUGCUUUGGCAGAGGUCGAGAAGGCCCCUCUUAGCAUUGCCGUGACGGGGGAGACCGGGGCAGGAAAGUCUACUUUCAUCAACGCCCUGCGGGGCAUAGGACAUGAAGAGGCUGACUCAGCUCGGAGCGGGGUGGUAGAGACGACAAUGGCUAGAGAGAAGUAUACCCACUCGAAGUUCCCUAACGUGACCAUCUGGGAUCUCCCUGGGGUCGGCUCAGCUACCUUUAAACCAGAAGAAUAUCUGAAAAAAAUGAAGUUCCAGGAGUAUGACUUUUUUCUCAUCAUCUCAGCCACUCGCUUUAAAGAGAACGAUGCCCAGUUGGCCAAGGCCAUUAAAAAAAUGAAAAAGAAUUUCUAUUUCGUUCGGACAAAAAUUGAUAGUGAUUUGUGGAAUCAGGAAAGAUGUACACCCAAAACCUACAAUAGGGAAAAAACCCUGGAGACUAUCCGGAAAAACUGUGAGGAGAAUCUCCAGAAUGCCGGCAUGGCCUCCCCGCAGGUCUUUUUAGUCUCUAGUGUUGAGGUAGCCCGUUUUGAUUUUCCUCUCCUGGAGUCCACCCUUUUGAAGAAGCUGCCGGCGCACAAGCGCCACAUCUUCAUGCAGUGCCUUCCUAACGUAACCGAGGCAGCUAUUGACCGCAGGAAAGACGUCCUGAAACAGAAGAUCUGGCUGGAGGCUCUGAAGUCUGGAGCAUCGGCCACCAUCCCUCUGAUGGCUUUCUUCAAGGAUGACAUUGAGGAGCUGGAGAAGACCCUGGACCACUACAGGUCUUGCUUUGGGCUGGAUGACAAGUCACUGGAAAACAUGGCCAGGGAUUUGUCCCUGCCUGUGGAGGAGCUUGAGUCCACCAUUAGGUCACCUCAUUUGCUGUCCUGUGAGACGGGUGAGUCUGUGGGGGACAAGCUGGUGAAAUACCUGGAGAAAGUGUUUGCCGUCACCGGUGGACUCAUAGCCACCGGCCUUUACUUCAGAAAGAGCUACUACCUGCAAAAUUAUUUCCUUGACAUAGUGACUGAUGACGCUAAAAUUCUACUGAAGAAGAAAGUUUUCUUAGAGGAGCGUGAGGACUCUGAGCGAGGCUGUAAAGAUGGGGAAACUGGAAAGACGGCUUAGGGUGUUCCUGAAGCACCCUGGCCAGGCUGUGAGAACUUCUAGACUUUGUGACCCUUGUUGGGAAAGCAGAGGACUCUGUAAUGUUAUGCUGUGUGGCAGCCAUGUCAUAGCCAGCAUGAGUCUUACCAAAAAUAUGCCGGCACAAACUUUCUGGGCACAAAGUUUUCAGUAAUGAGUUUUUUUUUUUUUUUAAAGGGUUUCACUAUGUAACCAUGACUAUCCUAGAACUCUCUGUAGACCAUUCUGGCCUUGAACUCACACAGAAAUCUCCCUGUCUCUGUCUCUGUCUCUGUCUCUGCCUCUUGAGUGGUAGGAUUAAAGGUGUAUACUACCACACCUGAAAGAAAUGAUUUUUUUUUUAAAUUCAUGUACCCAUGGCUUGCCUUGGCUUUGUGUGCUCUACUGAGCACACUCACGAGAUGAAGGACGUCUCUGUUCCUCUUAUGGUUGGGAUCUGUUCAGUUCAUAUAACAGAGGAACAGAAGACAAAAGAGAACCCGUGCCUGGGUGGAAGUAUUUUUUGAAGUACUUCCUCAGAGGUGCAAGGACACGAGACAGGGAUGUAGUCUUAGGUUUGCACACAGGAGGUUCAGAUACUCCUCACAUGUUAACAGAGAACUUUUUGUGCAUGAGGGUAGGAAAUAAGAGGAAAAGAUACUAGUGAUCCAAGGGGAAGUGCCCCCAAAAUGUAGAAGUGUAGGGAUAUUUCAUUUGUACUUAAUAAUUAAAGCUUGCCUGAAGAUCAGAGAGUAAAACAGCCACCCUGGUCAGCCUUACAGACCAGGCAGUGCUGACACACACCUUUAUUCCCAGUAGCCACACUAGUUUGCCAUAGAAACCAGGCAGUAGUGGUGCAAGCCUUUAAACCCAGCACUAGAGAGGAAUACAAGAUGGGAGGAGACAGGUUUCAGGCUCAGUCUCAUUCUGAGGAUUCCUGGAGGCAGGAUCGCCAUUUCAGACCAAGGUAGAGAUAAGAGCCAGUGGUUGGCUGUUUUGCUUUUCUGAUCUUCGGGUUGAACCCCAAUAUUUGUCUCUGGGUUUUUAUUAAUUGUGCUGCACAGAAGUUCCUUAAGUGUGUGCGAAGACACGCAGUCUCUCAUCCAGUGGGAGGGGUGGAAAGGAGAAGCCACUUCUCAACUCUUGGGUUUGGAAAAAUUUUGAAGUUGAAUUUAACAAGUGAGAAGAUUGUAGAUAAACAAUUUCUGUGGUGAAGUGUUGGCAUCAACACAAAAAAUCAUGACCCAUGGUGUGGGCAGUGAUGGAACCGCUGAGGAAAUCACACAGUGUCUCUUUGACACUCUUUAAACAUUGCAAAACUGGCAAACACGUAUAUUAUGCUUUGCAUUACUAGCUUUGGGACUUUGAGAUGGAUUGAGUCUAGGGUCUGGAGAGAUGGCUCAGAGGUUUCAGAGUGUAUACUAUCCUUGUACAGGACGUGAGUUUGGUUCCCAGCACCCAUGUUGGGCAGCUCACAACCCCCUAUAACUUCAGCUCCAGGGGAUCUGACACCUCUUUGGACCUCCAAGGGCACCUGCCCUCACAACCACACACCCACACUGACGCACAGACACACAAUGAAACAUGUAAACAAAUCCUUAAGAAAAGUGGGCAAGCCUAUAAACAAUUGAAAAGUUCCCAAGGAGGGGGUGGGGCACCCAGACGGUUGCCUGACAACCAGACAGAAGACAAGGAACAGCACUGUCUCUGCUCUGCGUUAGCCUUCCUGGAUGCAAAUCGCUAGAUGUAGACCCCAAGUGCACAGUGAGUCAUUGUUGAUCUAUGUAAAUUCAAGACAAGAAUAUAUUUUCAUACAUAUUCUAAUGAAUACAAUUCAAUUAUUUUUUUUUAAGUAGAGGUAGGAUGCUGCAUAGAAGAGCAGGAUAAAUGCUAGAUUUUACUGAAUAUAAGAUAUGGUCAUCUAGUUGGGUGGUGGUAGCACCGGUCUUUAAUCCCAGGAGGAUCUCUGAGUUCGAGGCCAGCCUGGUCUACAGAGUGAGUUUCAGGACAGGUAGGGCUGCAAAGAGAAACUCUGUCUCAAAAAACCAACGUAAAAGAAAAAGAUACGGUCAUCUAAAUAGCUGCUUAGUUAAAACUUCAAGAUGGCAUUUCUAGGAGAAGAAUAAGAAACAAAACUAAUUGUGCUUUUUGGCAUGAGAAAAGAUUAUAUUUUAAGACUGAAAAAUACAUUCAUAUGAAAGUAAACAUCUAGUUGAACAUAUCUCAGGGGCAUUGUUGAAGUAGGUAUGGUCUCGUUGCAGUAAGUGUGCCUUUGUAGAAGCAGGCUUUGAGAUCUCAUAUAUGCUCAAGCCACACCCAGUGUCUCAGACCACUUCCUUUUGCCUGUGAAUCAAGAUAUAAGAACGCUCGGCUCCUUCUCUAGCACCAUGUCUGCCUGCAUGCUGCCUUGCUUCCCAUCCAUGAUGGUAAUGGACUCGACCUCUGAACUAUAUAUAAGUGAACCACCACAAUUAAAUGUUUCCAUUGCCAUAGUCUAGGUGUCUCUUUACAGCAACAGAAACCCUAACUAAGACAGUUAUGGACCCAAAGAACUGAAAAAAGCUGAGGCUGUGUCAAGGGAAGCAUAACAUAGCUCGAGCCUAUUUCUGUUGAGCAAACAAACACGGGGCUGCUUCAGGACCCACGCAUGUGACAAAGCGAGGGAAACUGAGACAUUAGCUAAAACCAAGAACGUCAUAGGAAAGCCGAGAUCCAGUGGUUUCUUUGUGUAGGUAGCUUUGGAGCCUGUUCUGGAACCAGCUCUGUAGAUCAGGCUGGCCUUGAACUCACAGAGAUCAGUCUGUCUCUGCCUCCCAAUUACUAGGAUUAAAGGCAAGUGCCACCAUGGCCCAGCUGCUUGUUUCUGAGACAGAGUCUCACUAUAUAGUCCUGGCUGUCCUGGAACUCACUAUGUAGUACAGACUGGCCUUACACUCACAGGCCAGCCUCUGCCCCCUGAGUGCUGGGUUUAAAGGUGUGUGCCACUACCCUGGCAAAGGGAGAUUUUUCUUUGUAUGAAAUUUCUAUCAAUAAUUUAGAUUAUUCAGAUACUUAAACAGCUCCAUGAAUGAAAAAAGAAAGAAGAAGGAGAACGUGACUGCUUUUGGGAAGGUUUAUGGAGAUAAAAGGAGAGUGUAGCCAGAGGCAGGGACAUUGGGAAA